GGCUUGGGAGGGGCGAAGAGAACGCGGCCUGUGGACGCCAACUCUGUGGGAUGCCAAGCGGGAAGGGGGUGGUGCGUGGAGCGCGGAAACGCGAGCUCCCGGGAGAGCCUGAAGCCCCGGGAAGGCGUAGAAAUUGUGGUCCUGGAGCCCGACCGGCCCACCAUUUUCCACUGUUGCACAGGGUGUGAUGUUUUCUUCCCAAAUAAAUACAUUCAAGAUUUAAAUGGUGGAAUCAGAGAAAAAAGAAGGAAAUCACCGAGCCGCGUAGGACCAAAUAGACCUAUGGGCCUCUAACCCUGACUGUGUGCCCAGCAGCAAGCCAAGGAGCUGCAGCUCAGGGUGCACUGGGGUGUGGGAGUGGGCCAGGUCGCACCCUUUGCAGCACCACCCCGAGUGCGCAGAGCUGUAGAGGCAGAGGAAUGAGUGGAGCAGGGGACUUAUCGGUAAAUCACGGAAGAUAGGACUUCAUCUGCAUUUCAAUUUGCAGUGGACACUGAUCAGGAGGGGGUCUGAUGUAGGGCCCAAUCCCCCCUACACCUAGGGCAGUGGAGAGACGAGGGACCAUUCCUACACUGUUUUCCCUGCUUUGGAGGGAAGGUGAAUACUCCCACCCUCUCCUACAGCCCAGCUCCUCCAUGUCUGCAGGGGCAUUCUUUCCACAACUUCAGCUCUGCCCUUCUCAAAAACGUAGCAACAGUCCAUCCCCCAGAGGCCCCGAUGUGGGUACCUGGGUAGGUUAUCAUUUUAUGACACCCUCGGUAGCUAGCCCUAUCCCAGCUUUUAUCUGACACAGGAGGAGCUGCUCUGACUGGCCCCACCACACCCACUGGGUAACCGCUCCUGUAAGCCACCUUUCCCAACUGCUGUACAAACAGUGGCUCAGGGCUUGUUAAGGAAAGAGGAGGUCCAGCCUUACAGAGGGAGGGCAGAACAAGUGAAGACCCUGGGAUCCUAAAUAGGUUCUUCCAAGAACAGCAGACUGACUUGGAGCCUCAGAGCAAAGGUGGAGGACUACCUAGCCCACAGGUGGAGGACUACCUCACCACAGAAAAGCCAGCCCUGCCCAGUCUCACAGCCAGCUUUCCCACUCUGGCCGCUCCACCCGUUUAUUCCCUAAUCACCUACAAGUGGGGUUUUGGCCAGGCCUAUGGCUCCCAGGAACCUGGCAAGGCUUGUAGAUGUGCCAAAGAAGUGACUAACCUGGGAAAUGGAAGGGACUCUGAAUUCUUAUUAUCCCUGACCUGGGGGAUUGGAGUCUCAGGGUCCCAGCUGGUUCUGUAAGGCAACUGUUGAUCCGAAGGCCCUUCUCAAGACCCUUAGGGAUAGGAGGAAAAAAACAUAGUUUCACUUUGCCCAGUCCCAAGUGGAGCCUGUGGAGACAGCAGAACAGACUAGCUCGGCCUUCCACCCAUGCUGAAGGGAAUACCUCCACGAUGAGAGGGCACCCAAAAUACAGAAGCCCACAGAAGACAGCAAGGUCCGUUACACAAAACUGCUACUUAUUCUUUAAGCACAAUGUAAGCAACUCAUUGCUCACUACAAGAUGUGGAUCUGAGAUGCUGACCAGCCUUACAGAACUUCCAGGCAGACCCAAGGCACUGAUUAUUUACGCUAACGUUAAAGGGCCACUUAGCUUUAGGCUAGCCUGACAAGGAAAGUCCCGUGUCCUGCAGAGGUGCAUGGGGACCAAGUGCCUGACCGGAGGAGUGAAAAAGAAGGGGGGCUGGAACAAGGCCAAUCCAGGAUCCCUGCCUCCAAGGGAAGAACACGCUUAUGCUGGUAGUCCUUGGGCUGUGCACAACACGGGCAUGUGCUCACACAACAGUAACCUUGUGCACCACUGCGCACAGGAACAUGGAGAGACCGAGCUUCAGCUUUCUCCAGCAAGAACAGGCUCCGGGAAUGUGAAGAAAAGAUAACCAGCAUCUGGGAUCCAGGCUCAGCCCACCAGCAAGCUGCAGGCCCCAGACACUGCAAAGCCAACAGAGCCGGCCAGGUGCCCAGGUUGGCCGAAGAGCCUGCUGUGGCAGGAUGGACACUUCUCCUGAGCCCCAACAGAAGGGUGGGACACUGGUGCUAGUGCGACGGCAGCCCCCUGUGUCCCAGGGCCUGCUGGAAACGCUGAAGGCCAGACUGAAGCGGAGCUGCACCUGCAGCUUGCCGUGUGCUCAGGCUCUGGUGCAGGAUCUGUUUCCCGCCUUACGCUGGCUGCGCCAGUACCGCCCUAAGGAGUACCUGGCAGGUGAUGUGAUGUCUGGAUUAGUCAUUGGCAUUAUCCUGGUGCCGCAGGCCAUAGCCUACUCACUGCUGGCUGGGCUGCAGCCCAUCUACAGUCUCUAUACUUCCUUCUUUGCCAACCUUAUCUACUUUCUCAUGGGCACCUCACGCCACGUUAAUGUGGGCAUCUUCAGCCUGCUGUGUCUCAUGGUGGGUCAGGUAGUGGACCGGGAACUCCAAUUGGCUGGCUUUGACCCCUCCCAGGAUUCUCAGGGGCCCAGGAACAAUGGUAGCACCCUCAACAACUCCGCUACACUGAUGCUUGGGCUACAGGAUUGUGGACGGGACUGCUAUGCCAUUCGAAUUGCCACGGCACUCACUCUGAUGGCCGGGCUUUAUCAGGUCCUCAUGGGUGUCCUCCGGUUGGGCUUCGUGUCUACCUACCUCUCACAGCCACUGCUCGACGGCUUUGCUAUGGGAGCCUCCGUGACCAUCUUGACAUCUCAGGCCAAACACCUGCUGGGCGUGCGGAUCCCUCGGCACCAGGGCCCAGGCUUGGUGGUCCACACGUGGCUGAGCCUGCUGCAGAGUGUGGGACAGGCCAACGUGUGUGACGUCAUCACCAGUGCUGUGUGCCUAGGAGUUCUGCUGGCAGCUAAGGAGCUCUCAGACCGCUACCGGCACUACCUGAAGGUGCCAGUCCCCACAGAGCUCUUCGUCAUUGUGGUGGCCACAACUGUGUCCCACUUUGGACAGCUCCACACACGGUUCAGCUCAAGUGUGGCUGGCAACAUUCCCACUGGUUUUGUGGCCCCACAGGUACCGGACCCUAAGAUAAUGUGGCGUGUGGCCCUGGAUGCCAUGUCCCUGGCCCUUGUGGGCUCAGCCUUCUCUAUUUCCUUGGCAGAAAUGUUUGCCCGUAGCCAUGGCUACACUGUCCGAGCCAACCAAGAGUUGCUGGCUGUGGGCUGCUGCAAUGUGCUGCCCGCUUUCUUCCACUGUUUUGCUACCAGUGCUGCUCUGUCUAAAACCCUGGUGAAGAUAACCACUGGCUGCCAGACCCAGCUGUCCAGUGUGGUCAGUGCUGCUGUGGUGUUGCUGGUGCUGCUGGUGCUGGCUCCGCUGUUUCACGAUCUGCAGCGAUGUGUGCUAGCCUGUAUCAUUGUUGUCAGCCUGCGGGGGGCGCUGCGCAAGGUGAAGGACCUCCCGCAGCUCUGGCGGCUGAGCCCUGCUGACGCACUGGUCUGGGUGGCGACCGCGGUCACCUGCGUGCUGGUCAGCACCGAGGCUGGACUGUUAGCCGGAGUGUUCUUCUCCCUGCUCAGCCUGGCGGGCCGCACGCAGCGGCCCCGGGCUGCCCUUCUUGCUCGCAUUGGAGACUCGGCCUUCUACGAGGAUGCGGCUGAGUUUGAGGGCCUCCUGCCCCCGCCCGAGGUGCGAGUGUUCCGUUUCACGGGUCCACUCUACUAUGCCAACAAGGACUUCUUCCUGCGGUCGCUCUACCGCCUAACAGGGCUGGAGGCAGGGCACUCGGCCACCAGAAAGGACCAGGGACCGGAGAUGGGUGUCGGCAAUCUUGCCGACGGCAAGGAUCCGGGCUCAGUGAGCAGCGGGGCUGGGCUGGUGCUACCCCUGGCAUUCGGUUUCCACACAGUGGUCAUUGACUGUGCGCCACUGCUGUUCCUGGACGUGGCCGGCAUGGGCACCCUGAAGGACCUGCGCAGAGACUGCAGGGCUCUGGAUAUCACCCUGCUGCUUGCUUGCUGCAGUCCCUCAGUGAGGGACACGCUGAGGAAGGGGGGCUUCCUUGGAGAAGACCAGGGCGCUGAAGAGGAACUACUGUUCCCCAGCGUGCACAGUGCUGUGGAGGCCGCGCGAGCGCGCCGUGAGGAGCUGCUGGCUGUGGAUUCUGCCCUUUAGCAGGGCCCACUUCCUCAAGAGCCAAGACCAUGUCCACAGCCAGUACUGAGCUCCUUUGUAGGAGUGAUAUGAAGGAUAAAGUCAUUAGAGGUACACCCUUGGACCACCUAUGCCCUGGAGAAGGCAGGGAACUCCAAUUAGGAAAGGGAAGUGCGGCACCCUAAACACGGUCAAGGGUUCCAAACAUCGCGUGAGUGAGCCCCUCUACCUCUGAGACCACUGCUGCCCCCUGGUGCCUAUCCAACUCCGGUAGCUGCACUGCACGAAGGAUUCCUCAGCUGAGGCGCUGCAGUUUGAUAAUCUAGGUGUCAUACUUCCGAAACAGUCCUGCAAACUGUGUGUCCUCCAAGACGCCAAAAGGACACUUUCCCACCCCCUGCACCUCCCCCCCAGGUACCAGGAAUGAGCUGCCCUGUUCCAGAGCAGACGGUCCAGUGUGUAACCCCAACCUGACCUUCAAACACAACGUCUCUGCACAGCUUAUACUAGUGACCACAGUGUGGCACACGCAUGUACAAAGCCAGGCACAGUAGACCCAACCCCAUUCUGUACUUCUAAGAAAACCUCAGGAGGAAAUCACGUGUGCCCAAGCAGACAUUCCCCUCCUCUUCUGCCCAACAGGAUCCUCUAACAGGAAGUACACAGCUCCAGCCCUGUGCCCUACCAUGAUGCUCCCCCACCCAGAGCCCAGCACUGUGCUCCACAGCCGGCCCCGACAAAGGCCAGGCAAAGGCCCUCCGAAGGUCAGGCUCUGCCCAGCAGCUCCCAGGGCACCCACCUUAUCACCCACCUGGCUGUGAUGAGGUCCAGCAGCCAGUGUAUCCGGACCUGUUCAAUGCCGCUGUGAGGGACAGCACCUAUGUAGGCAAGGUUCAGUUGCUGGUCCCAACUAAGGUCGUACUGGUCAGCGUGGUCGUGAGGCAGUGGGGGGCUAGGGACAGGACAGAGAAGUGAAACGUUUGCAGGGGCCUGCAGCAGAACAGAUUCCACACACGCAGACCCUUGCAGAUGAACAGUGUGUGUCUCCACAGUAUAUGAUAAAGUAGCCUUUCAUCAGAA